AUGGAAGACAACCACAUAUAUCAGUUCUCCCUCCUCAACGCUUUAAUGGACGGUGUCUGCGAAACCGGCAUCCCCGUUUCCAAACUCGCCACAAAAGGCAACCAAGGCCUCGGCACCUUCUCCCGCAUGAACGGCGAGCUCAUGUUCCUGGACGGUCACGUCUACCAGCUCCAAGCACAAGGCAACGUCCGCGAGGCAGACCCCUCAGACCAAAUCCCCUUCGCAGUCAGCACCCACUUCGUCCCCCAAAAGACAUCGCAAGUAGAGCUAAAGGACAAACCCGACGUCGGCAACGCCCUAAACAGUUUCAACGACCACGCCAAAAACUUGUUCAUGACGUAUCGCAUCAAUGGCACGUUUGAGUAUCUGAAGUGUAGAACUGUGAGGGGGCAGGAGUACAAGGGCCAGCCGUUGUCGGAGCUAAGUCAGAAGCAGAGCGUGGAGGAGUAUGAGAAUGUUGAGGGAACGAUUAUCGGCUUCAGAACACCGAAGAAUUGGCAGGGGUUUGGAGUCGCUGGGGAGCAUCUCCAUUUCAUUAAGAAGGAUCGGAAGGCAGGUGGGCAUGUUUUGGAGGUGAGGGCGAAGAAGGUGGAGAUGCAGAUGGCGGUGGCGAGUAAUGUGCAUGUCGAGUUGCCGACGAGUGAUGAUUUCAAUGCGGCGGAAUUGGUUACUGAUGAUGAGGGCGUGAAGAAGGCCGAAGGUUGA